AUGUUACUCCGGGUCGUAUGCACCAAACACGUAGAGGCUCCACUCAACGCUUGCACUGAUACGCUAAACAGAAUGGCUGCUCCUCUCAUCGGAGCUCCACCGUUUUUCCGCUUUCAACAUCCCCAUUUUCAAGUCGCCACUUGUUUGCUAACUCAUCGGUCCUGGUGCUGCGCCGCCUAUUUAACUCGUCCAGACAAGGAUUCCUCCUCUGUUUGCCAAACCGCAGCUGCAGCACUAAGCGCUAAAGACCCACCCAAGUACCUGAGAAGGGACGACUCGGAUUUCCGAAAAUGGAAACAGAAAGAAGCGGAAAUACUCAAAGACAUCGAACCCAUUAUUAAUCUCACCAAAGAAAUUCUACACUCGAAUAGAUAUAUAGAUGGAGAACGUCUUUCAGCAGAGGACGAGAAAGUUGUAGUAGAUAAGCUUCUUGCUUAUCAUCCUCAUUCUGAAGAUAAGAUUGGAUGUGGACUUGAUUCAAUUAUGGUUGAUCGACAUCCCCAGUUCAGACAUUCAAGGUGCCUUUUUGUUGUGAGAACUGACGGUGGAUGGAUAGACUUUUCCUACCAGAAGUGCAUUCGAGCAUACAUUCGAGAUAAGUACCCUUCCCAUGCAGAAAGAUUUAUAAAAGAACAUUUUAAACGCGGAAGUGGCUGA